AUGCUGGUCUCGCUCACGGUCGGCAAGGUCGACGCCGGCGUCACAAUCGAAUUCCCCUCCAUCCUCCUCCCUCCCGACAUCGCAUCCGGCUCCAUCGUCGACAUCAAUGUCGCGCGCAACAAGGACUCCGAAAGCGCAGCCGAGCGCUCAUUCCGCGAGCUCCAAGACUCCAUUCUCUCCUCCUUCGGCGCCGCCGAACCUGCCACCCCCGUGCUCCGCUGCCGAAACGCGACCCAGACCAGCGUGGUACUCGAAUGGGAUCCCAUCCAGCUAGCCACAGCCGACCUCCUCAGCCUGGCACUCUACCGCAACGGCCAAAAGGCCGGCAACAUCCCCAAGCCGCUGGCCAUGCACACCACCAAAAUCAGCGGCCUCGCCGUCGACACCGAGUACAGCUUCCACCUCGUCCUCCGCACGACAGCUGGCACGUCGGCCAGCCAGCGCGUGACGGUGCGCACCCACAAGAUGACGGACCUCAGCGGUAUCACCAUCACGACGGGCCUGCUUCCCGCGCCGGUGCGCGAAGGGCUCGCCGCGGCUGUUGAGCGUAUUGGGGCUAAGAUUGUGGAUGGCGUGCGCAUUGAUACGACUCACUUUGUGACGACUGAGGGCCGCGGCUUGCUGUGGGAGAAGGCUAAUGAACUGAAUAUCCCGAUUGUGCGGCCGGAGUGGGUCGAGGCGUGCGAGCGUAAUGGCCGCAUCCUAGGCGUCACCAAGUUCUACCUUGAUGCUGUUCGCGUCGGGCCCCCAUUUGAUGAACGACCCGGCACGGCGGGGACGACGGGUACAGCUGCGCAGGCAGCGUCGCCUCCCCAGCCAAGUCCACCGCAGAAUGAGGCGGCCAGGCCGGAAACCACAGCAGGGCAAAAAGAGGAAGGCGACGACGGUGAGGAGUCGGACUCAGCAAGUGAGGAUGAUGAAGAAGCAGGUCAAGAAGGGGGGAAGGAGGAUCGGGAGGAGCAAAAGGCGAGAACUGGUGGGCAAGACGAGCAGAAAAUGCUAGCGGACGAGCGAGAUGAGAAGCAGCUUGUAUCGCGGCCGAAGCCAACGGUUGAAGACGAGGCUGAGGAGGACACGGGGAGCAAGCCAGCGGUUGAGGAUGGGAAGGGGAGUAAGUCGCCCGGGGACGGUUCGUCCUUUCAGGAUGUUGCUCUCUAG